CCCAUUUUCGACUGUGUCCUUUCCUGCUCUAGAAAUAAUAUCCACUGGAAUAUUUUUCUGCAAUACCAUUGAAAAACCCCAAUUAAUCGAUAUACUGCGAAAGAACUGUCAUGUCUGACCCUGUGCCAUCUGUCGCUAUGCCUGAAGCCGAUGAUGCUUUUCAGCGUGGGCUAUUCACUCGCUUGGCCAACGACCCUGAGUUCUCAGUCGCUGAUGCGGUGGCAAGCUUCGUGAAGUUUGAGGCCGAAGAGACAAAUUUUCUUACUCAUAGCCAGAACCACAUAUUGCCUUGGAAAACAUUCUACGCUCUAGCUCAAGUCGCCAAGGAAACAUCAGCAAGCGACAAGCUGGACAAGCUGGUGGGCUUUGUUAUGGAGCUGGAGACGAUUGAAGUGUUGAAUCCUGAAACAGGGAAGCUGGUAAUGCAUGAGAAUGGCCGUGUAUGGAACGACUUGCCAUAUUUUGGAUGGACUUUCGGCGAUGAGUUGAACACCGGCAUCCGAGGUUUUGAUGAAAAGGUGGUACCACCUGAAACACUGAAACGCAUGGAAAACUUGGUCAUCUACACUGCACGCCUGAGCAAUGCGACUGAUGUUCCGUAUUCGCAUCCAACGGCGCCAAACACCGACUUUACCGGCUGGUCGAUGCAUGACUUUCGCAAUGCAUUCAACGAACCAGAGCAGAGGUUCGAAGAAAAGAAGAUGGCCACGAGAUGCUGGUGUCUCUGGUUAAUCCAUGCAGGUGAGCGAAUGCUGACCAACUGCCAACACGCACCAUGCUGGCCAAGCCUCUCUGUCGAUGAGAUAACCCAAGAGGCAUGGGAGAUUUGGAGGAGCAAGACGAAAACAGCACGCGACGUGUUCGAUGAAGAUACGACGAGACUGGUGGAUGAGGCGCUGAGGAGUAUGCGUGCUGCUGAAGACAAGCACGGGGGGCCAUACAGCAUCAAGGACGCUAAAAGUUCUUGAUCCAAAGCCAUAGAAUAGAUUAAAAUACCAUAGAAUUGCUUCCGU